AUGUCAUUUUCGUUUGGAUUCACUAACGACGAUUUCAGUGACGAUGAUAUAGAAGAAUCGGUCAACUUGAGUAACGUAUCCGUUUCUAUGCUGAAAGAAAAUCCGUUGGAUAAGUUAUCGGGUACGAUCGACGAAUCGUCAUAUCCUAAGGUUCACACCUUAGAAUCCAUUUUGCAUACAUUGAACGGUGUCAGGCUCACGUUUGAUAACUAUACUACCCCGAUAGGGCAGAAUAUCAUAUAUCGUCGUGAAUUAUUUGAUGUUAAGCAUCAAAUCAUGUGUGAAGACGAUAAUUCAGCCAAGAACGGUGUUACCAAUGAUGUAUUAAUUGGCGACAAUAAUGUGGUAGAUUUGAAGAAAAAUGUUUACGAAGGUGGUUUCAAGAGUUGGGAAUGCUCGUACGAUAUGGUGGAUGAAUUAUCGGCCAUGAUAAAUAACGGAAAGUUGAAUUAUAAGAACCUUUUGGAGUUUGGCUGUGGAACGGCAUUACCUACAUGUUUUUUGUUAAUGAAACGGUUCCAAACCCAAGAUAAGACCGGUGCAAAAUAUAUACUAUCAGACUUUAACUACGACGUGCUUAGACUAGUCACAGUCCCCAAUUUGAUUAUUCACUGGGCAUCCACUUUAGAACCAUCAAAAUUGCACGAAUUAUGUGUAUCGCAGCCGGCGGAUGAUCAAAACACUGAAACCGAUGCUCCGAUGUUAAACAACGACGAAGUGUUGAUAACGGAGUCCUUGAUAGACGAAUUUCUGCGCCAGUUGUCUGAAUACAAGGUAGAUUUGCUGUUUGUCUCAGGCUCAUGGGGUCGCCAAUUCAAUUCCCUUUUGAAUGGCACUCCAAUCGACCUUAUUAUCACGUCUGAAACCAUCUAUUCUCCGGAGUCGUUACCAAUUGUGGCUGAAUCAUUAAUCGAUAUCUUGACUCAAUCCAACGUCCCGAAGUCAUUGUGCUUGAUCGCUUCCAAGAACUUCUAUUUCGGUGUUGGUGGCUCCGUCACCGAAUUUCUCAACUAUUUAAAGAAUAAGAAGUUAGAAAGAUUCUCCAUAGAUGUCAAUGAGAUCCAUGACUCCCAGUUGAAGAGAUCAUUGGUCACAUUAACCUACAUCUAG